AAAAGCGAAAAAAUAAAGGCAAAGAACCCGCCUCAAGAUCUACAUCACGAAAAAAACCUAAAACCCAAAAAUUAAAUGAUGAAAAAAGUGAAGAUUUAUUUCCUACAUCAACAUCUACUCCUGCAACACAAGAACAAAACAACUAUAUCGAAUGGGAAAAUAAAAAACUUGAAUUACAGCGAAAAAAUUUAGAAAUUCUUAAAGAAGAAAUUGCAUUGCGGGAAAAACUCAAUAGUUUAAAGCAAUUAA